CCAUUAAAAACGUUAAGUCUCUCUCUUCAUAAUACUCCACUCUCUCUCUCUGUGUGUAUACUUUCCACUCUCUCUCUGUAUACUUUCUCACUCUAUACAUACACACUCUCUCUCCUCCACACAUCACAGUAGCUGUUUCCUCCACCCAGCAGUCGCAGCGCUGCUGCCUGCAGCAGCAGCUGCAGCUUGCAGGUUAGAACAACAACAUCAACCCCAAAUACUACUUCCUGUAUAUAUAUAUUUAUACACACACAUAUAUAAUAUAGUAUAUAAAGUAAUCGAAACUCGUAAAGUGGAUUUGAUGUGUAAAAGCUUGUCUUAAAAUUAUUUUAGAGAGAGAGUAAGGUCUUUUUGACUCAUCUUCUUUAAGCCAAUGUGGGGAGUGCGCAGGUUAAGUAGCAGGUGCAGAUAGCAGAGCCCUUUGGGAUGCAGGGUUUCUCUCUAUAUCUUUAUAUCGCGCAAUCGACUGUAUACACUUCGUAUUUUUCCUCCAUUUCUCUUCAAUUUCGCUCUGUUUUCCUAGGGUUUUGAUAUGAUGUGCGGAUUAAUCGAUCUCAACACUGUCAACGACGACGACGACGAGACGCCGUCGUUCUAUUCGCCUUCCUCGUCGUCAUCCUCUGCCUCAGCUCCGCCGGUGCCGGCGUCGUCGUCGGUGUGUUUGGAGCUAUGGCAUGCGUGUGCUGGACCGCUCAUAUCGUUGCCGAAGAAAGGGAGUGUAGUGGUCUACUUUCCACAGGGUCACUUGGAACAUCAAUCUGAUUUUCCCGCCAUAUCCUACGAUCUCCCUCCUCAUGUCUUCUGUCGCGUUCUCGAUGUCAAGCUUCAUGCGGAGGCAGCCACUGAUGAGGUUUAUGCACAGGUCUCCCUAACUCCAGAUAGUCAGAUUGAACAGAAAUGGAGAGAAGGGGAAAUCGAGGCAGAUGGUGAGGUAGACGACAUUGAAUGUGCUGUGAAGUCAACAACACCCCACAUGUUCUGCAAGACCCUUACUGCUUCUGAUACUAGCACUCAUGGAGGUUUCUCUGUCCCACGCCGAGCAGCUGAAGAUUGCUUCCCUCCCCUGGAUUAUAAACAACAAAGGCCUUCACAAGAAAUAUUAGCAAAAGACCUGUAUGGGAUUGAAUGGAGGUUCCGACAUAUCUACCGGGGCCAGCCUCGAAGGCAUUUGCUCACUACUGGUUGGAGUGCAUUUGUAAAUAAGAAAAAGCUUGUCUCUGGAGAUGCUGUUCUUUUUCUUAGGGGUGAUGAUGGAGAAUUGAGGUUGGGAAUUCGAAGAGCUGCUCAAGUUAAAAAUGGUGCUAUUUUUCCAACCCCUUGUAGCCAGCAGUUGAAUGUUGGGAGUUUCACUGAUGUGGCCAAUGCUAUAUCUAAGAGAACUAUGUUCAAUGUUUUCUACAAUCCAAGGGCAAGCUUGUCAGAGUUUAUAAUUCCAUUACGUAAAUUCUCAAAGAGCCUUGCUCAUUCUUUUUCUGCUGGAAUGAGGUUUAGAAUGCGUUUUGAAACAGAAGAUGCAGCAGAGAGAAGGUAUACUGGACUAAUAACUGGGAUUGGUGAUAUGGAUCCUUUUAGAUGGCCUGGUUCAAAAUGGAGGUGCCUAUUGGUAAGGUGGGAUGAUAUAGAGGCUAUUCAACAUAACAGGGUUUCUCCAUGGGAGAUUGAACCAUCUGGGUCAGUUUCUGGAUCCAGCAGUUUGGUUGUUCCUGGUACGAAGAGGACCAGGGAUGGUUUGCCUUCAACAAAACCAGAUAUUCCUAUUCCCAGAGAUGGGACAGGAGUGUCAGACUUUGGGGAAUCUUUAAGGUUCCAUAAGGUCUUGCAAGGUCAAGAAAUUUUGGGUUUUAAUAAUCCUUAUGAUGGAAUUGAUGCUCAGAAUCGUAAUCCAUCAGAAAUAAGGAUGUGCUAUCCUGGUCCUAAUGGUUCCAGGAUUUCUUCGGGAGGAAAUGGUGUCAGAAACCUGCUUGGAAAUUCUGAUAUUUCAUUUGAAAGCGUAGGCUUUGGUGAAUCUUUCCGAUUCAAUAAGGUCUUGCAAGGUCAAGAAACAUUUAUAAAUUUGCCAUAUGGAAGAGGCCCAACUGCUAACACGGUGCAGGAAAACAGUGGUCGUCGAGGAAUCACUGGUGGUGUUCAAGUGUCCAGCUCUGGAAAUGGCUGGUCUGGUCUGAUGCAGGGUUGUGAUACUUGUGUGCGUCCAUCUGCACCAAUGGUGCAAUCAUCGUCACCACCUUCUGUGUUAAUGUUCCAGCAAGCGAGCACUCAAGCUCGUAACUUCCAUGCAAUGUAUGGCAUUCCUAAUCAGGAGAAGCAAGGGAUUAGCAACCGGACUUCCUUUGAUAUCUCUGAAACAUAUGGUGGGAAGCUCACAGCUACCUCGGCUUGCGAGUGUAGCUCAAAGAGGGUAAAUAAAAAACACAUUAAUUCUUCUGGUCUUUUAACAGAGCUUAAGCAACCAGUUAUUCCACAUCCUACUUUUGCAACUAGAUCAUCAUCCAGGGGCAGUCAAGAUUUAGCUUCCACUUGUAAAAGUAGCUGCAGGCUCUUUGGUUUUCCCUUAACUGAGGGAAGACAUGCUAUAAAUAAAGAUGACAAUCCGUCCUGUGUUACAUUUCCAUGUAGUCCUGAAUCUUCUUUUCUGCACCGUGGUGAGGAGCACUUGCAUCCAAAGCCGCCUCUGGUCACCAAGGUAGUAGGAAGCAGUUGUACCAAAGCGAGUGACCUCUAUGCUGUUAGAGAUAUGCUGCUUGAUAUUGCAUUGUAGUUUACUUCUGUUGUAAGAUAAGAACUUGCAGAGUUGUUUGUAGAUGGGAAUUCAUCUCUCCAAACUUGAUGGGUUUGAAAAUUUAAUUUCUGAGGUGGGACCGUAUUUUAUGCUAAAGAGCAUUUGAAUGGUGUAGACAAGGGAUGGUGACUGUUACAAGGAUCAUGGGGAUGAUUUGUUACUUAUUGGAGAGAUCAGUAACUCUGCAGUGCUGACUUAUUAAGAGAAAAAAGAAACCCUCGGCAGUGCUGUACCAAACAUUACAAUUCACUAGUGAAGGAGAUGUAAUGGUGGCAUCUGAGGUUUCAAAGCUGGAUACCAAUAGUUGCUUGAAGAUUAGGUCUGUUUACCUAUGACAUAUCUUUGCUUUUGGAAAAAAAAAUUGUAACUGUCCUUCCGUAAACUUUAUUGUGACUUAAUUUCCUCCGUGACAAUGGGAAUUGUAUUCUAUGAAAGUUUCUGGUAAUGUUAAUUAUUAUUAUUAUUUGAUA